AUGUCCGAGCGAAAGGUCCUGACCAAAUACUACCCACCCGACUUCGACCCGUCGGCGAUCGGGCGCACGCCCAAACACCUCCGCCAAAAGGGACCGAAGGUCAUCACCGUCCGUCUGAUGGCCCCGUUCUCCAUGAAAUGCACUAGCUGCGGAGAAUAUAUAUACCGAGGGCGGAAAUUCAACGCGCGCAAAGAAAGCCUCGAAGAAAAAUAUCUCAACAUCCCAAUCUAUCGCUUCUACAUCCGCUGCACACGAUGCAGCGGCGAGAUCACAUUCCGCACGGACCCGAAGAACAUGGACUACGAAUGCGAAAAGGGCGCCAAGCGAAACUUCGAGGUGUGGCGAGAUUCCAAGGACGACAAGUACAAUGAGACGCAGGAGCAGACGCUGGACCGUCUCGAGCGCGAGGAGAAUGAAGAGGCGGAGCAGCUUGAGCGUGAUAAGAUGGCUGAGUUGGAGGAGAAAAUGAAAGACUCGAAGCGCGAGAUGGCUAUUGCGGAUGCUUUGGAUGAGAUUCGGACACGAAAUGCGCGCAUCGAGCGGAACGAGACGAAGAGUGAUGAUGUGGCUCUGAGCUUUGUCCGGGACGAGGUGGACGAGGCCAAGCUGCGGCAGGAGAAAGAGGAUGAGGAGGCGGCGUGCCAGGCUUUCAUGACUUCUACCGGAGAAAGGAUCAAGCGCAUCGUUGAGGACGAGGUGGAGCCACCCAUCCUGGCUGGAUCGUCAACAUCGAAGCUUUCCUCGAUUCAAAUGCCACCGCCAUCGGCGUCAUUUGCACGGGUCAAGAAACCGAAGAAGCCUACCGGUAGUCUUCUUGGGAUCAAGAAGAAGCAGUCUCUUGUUUGA